AUGCCGUGGUCUGGGUGCAUGCUGCUGCUGCUGCUGUGGGUGCUGUUGGGGUCCGGCCACAAACGACAACUGUCCUCACACAAGGGCAUCGGGGAGGCCUGCGAGACACACUCAGAGUGUCAGAGCAAAUGCUGCAGCACCAACAGCCUUAAACAGCAGAAAUUCUGCGUACCCCAGACCUUCUUCCUGACCUGCCCGCCCUGGAGUAAGCCUGAUGGGUAUUCAUGCAUUCACCACACGGACUGCUGGAGCGGCUGCUGCACCACCACCAGCACCAGGAGCAUCACCUUCUGCAAGCCCAAAACCCUCUUCCUGCAGUGUCUGCCCUGGAAGAAGCCCACUGGGGCUGUGUGCAUUGAACACAGGGAAUGUGAAAGCCAGUGUUGCAUCAAGACAAAGCAGCCCAACCAGCCCAAGUGCAUCAAGCGCAGUGGAAUCCUGGCCCUGUGUCUGUCUGUGGGCUCCCAGCAGCGCCGCCACGCCUCCACCGACCUGGCCACCGGCCCCACUUCCCACCACCCGGGCUCUGCAGCAAACCACAGGGAACCACAGCUGCGGGUGUCUUCCCACCAGCUCCGGCUGGCAUCCCGGAGGUUCCAGGGAGGGGCCACCAGGGGGCGCUGCAGCCCCAGUCCCAUCUCAGCCUAG